CUAAAUGCGCCACAGCAAGUUGUGAAAAGACACAGUCGGAAGAGGUCGUCGGCUUGAGUGAGCCGUGUCUUAAUUUCUAAAAAACAAAAAAAUAGCAACAUCAAAACAAAGUCUGUUUCAUCAAAAUGGUUAAACUUGCGUUUACCUCCGGUAUUGGGCAGAAAGAUUUGAAAAAGGAGGAGAAAGGAGAGGCUUUGAUCCCUCAGGAUGUGGAUGUAGAAGACGGCCCGUAUAUCAGGCACCAGUCCCGAGCCUGGUGUUGGUGCAUGUGUUUGGGCCUGGCCCUUAUUCUGUCCGGCGUGGUGGUGGGCGGUGCUUACCUGUACAGGUAUUACUUCGUAGAGGAGACUGUGUACUUCUGUGGGGUGGACUACCUAGAGCAAAAUUACAAGGUACCGGACAGCCAAGAGGAGACUGAGAUGGAUUCGCCAGCCGCGUUAAAGAGGGUUGAGGAGAGAGUGACGGUCAUGGAGGACGAGGGCAUCGCCCUUAUUAACAUCCCGGUUCCCAGAUUCAGCGACAGUGACCCUGCUGACAUCGUUCAUGAUUUCAACAGGAGGUUGACGGCCUACCUGGAUCUGCGCCUGAACAAAUGCUACAUCAUUCCUCUUAACACUUCUGUUGUGAUGCCACCCAAAGACCUUCUGGAGCUGUUGGUGAACAUCAAGGCUGGGACGUACCUGCCGCAGUCCUAUCUGGUCCAUGAACACAUGAUGGUGACCGAGAAGGUGGAGCAUCUGGAACAGCUGGGUUACUUUAUCAACGGCCUCUGCAGAGGCAGAGACGCCUAUAAACUGGAGCGCAGAGAGACUGUUUUUGGUAUCCAGAAACGGGAGGCUCUUAACUGCCACAAGAUCCUGCACUUUGAGAACAAGUUUGUGGUGGAGACACUGAUCUGUGAGCCGUAGUAGGGAAGACGACGGCCGGGUAGCAAGCAAAACCACUUUUAACAAAUUCCACUUCUUGACCCUUUCUCUCCUUCCAUUAAACCCCUUUUCUUGUUUUCCCCGCGUGCGUGUGCAUGUAUUUAUGCAGCGUGCGUGGAUGACGCUCUCAAGAUUUCUCAAUCGACAUUACAGAGGAGGUGAGCAACAUUAUGCGUAGACUAUAUGUGUAGGUAAACGUUUUGACCCGUUUCUCUCUUAGAGAUGCAUUUUUUCACAUUUUGGGUUUCUGGUAUGCAGGGAGUCUUCAACAGGGUGCGUGGGAUACGUAUGAUAAUUUCUAGAUGAUAGCUACUGCCGAGUUGAACGUGACAGGAUAGGACUCGUAGAGGAUAAAUGUAAGACUAUAAUUUAUCAAAAUUGCACUAAAUGUGUAUCGUGUGCAUUGAAAACUGUGAACGUCUGUCACAGAAAUCAGAUUACUAUUAUUAUAUAUUGGAAUAUACAUUUGACUAGAAAACUGUGUGUUUAAUGGCCAAUGUAGGAAUAUGCAUAGAUUUGAUUGUUCUGUACUAGUUACCAAAUUAUUUUGAUAAAUUUUGCGCUCUACUGCUCUAAGUUAAUACACUGCUCCAGUUUGUCAUAUAUUAAAGACGAUUAGGAACAAAUAGAUAUAAUGUAAUGUAAAAUGUCAGGUUUUGGUUACGUAGAUUAUAUGAAAUAUCACAUGUACAAGAUCGAAUUAAAUGCAGACUAAUAAUGUAUGUAGCUUGAAGGCAUUAAGCGAUAGCGGGUGUAAAAAGAGGGAUAGAUUUCUGAUUGUAAAGAUUGUCUAAAUCUACUCAAAUGUAUGAGUCAGUUGAAAUGAGAUUUAUACUUUGUACAUAACCCAAAAAGGUUUUAUUGUUAAACUGACAUAUUAACACAAUAAAAUUGACCACCUA